AUGAGCGAAACGCCGUCACAACAAAGGACGACACCUGCUCGUCGAAAAUAUGGCCGGCAGAGCACCAAGUCGGCUGGUCAGAAAGCAUAUGCCUCGGAGAAUGACGUCGCUGCACUGGAAAACACGCGACUGCUUGCGCCGAAGACGCCAAACAAGGCAGCCGAAGCUGCGAAUCCAGCUACCGACUUCUACCCAUCACAGGUCUCGAACAGCAAAAAUAAAACCAAGAACAAGACGAGAUCGAAAAAUGUUCCAACCUCUCCUGACUCCGCGCAACACGGCCGUCAAACACCUCCGCAGCGCCCUGGUUCGAUUAAGUCCAGUGGCCUCAGUACCGCAUUUGCAGGUGCCACUUUCCAUGCAUCUCCCGCGCCGUCUGCCCUGCCCAUCCCAAGCUUCCUGUCCAAGUCAUCCAGCGACUCGCCUGUUGGUCUGGACAAGAGCAUCCUCCAAGAGCCAUCGCCGCCUGCAACGGAGGUAGAGAUACCCACGCCCUUUCGGCCAUCAUCAGCACCAAAGACGAAUGAAUCGCCACUAGACUUCAUGUUCCGUGCACACAGGCAGGAAAAGGAGCGAUAUUUCCAAGAAACCACCCAAGUUCGCAAUUCAGAAGCUCGCGAGUCGCCGCAAACUUCACCUUGGGGCGACAUGAGAGGAGCGCCAAAACCUUCCAGCCUACCUCUUCCCAGACAAACCCAUUUCCGGCAACAAGCAGCUGGUAUAGAUGCCUCGGAAUUGGAUGGCACACCAGGCAGACCACUUGGCCCAGCAUUCUCUACCCCUUAUCAGGAACGGAUCAAAGCCGCGCGCUCUACCUCAAACAACAACACCCCUCGCGACUCUGGACAGACGACUGGCACUGGAUCCUCGACCGAGCCUCAAAUAGCAGACCCGACAGAUGCACUCAAAAAGUUCCUUUUUGGACAUAAGAACCCUGCUAACAGUGGUACCUUUCCAACGACCACAGACUCCAAAUCUCUGCCCAAUCCCGGUUCCAGCGUAAACACUACCUUGCCGACGGGAACACAGACAGUGGUAAACUCUACACGCCAUAAUCAAAUCGAAGAGAUGGAAAAUGAUCUUCGACGAAUUUUGAAGUUAGACAUGGCCUCGAGGCCGGCAUCCGGAGACCGAACCUAUUCCCCAAGAUGA